AUGCGCUCAAAUGAUAGCCAGAAGCUUCUGGUUGUAGGAAUUCCAAAGACAUUUGAUGAUACUGAAUUGUCUGAACUAUUCAGUACCUUUGGUACUAUUGUAGAAGCGAAAGUAGUACUUGAUACAACGUCAAAUACGUCACGAGGUUUUGGUUUUGUAACCUUUACGGCUCCAUCAGCAAUGCGUACUGCGAUCAAAUGUAUGAAUCAAAAAGUGAUUGAAGGAAGGACAUUAAAUGUACGUCAACUAGUACCAAAGGAUACAUUUCAAGCACAAAAGAAAGAGACACCUGAUGUGAGUAAACGGCCGUGUUGGUUAUUACGUAAAGGCAAAUGUACAAAAGGAACGAAUUGUCCAUUUUCACAUGAAAUUCGAACUGGAGACUGUGGCAAUUGCUUUGAGUUUGUACAGACGGGAGAAUGCAAACAUGGAGAAAAUUGCAAAUUUGUUCAUCCAGAGACAAGCGAUAUUAUGGCACGAAAUCAAGAGCAAGUUGAGACACGACAAGUGCAGGAUGAGAGAAAUGGUCGAGACAAGAAACGAGUGUGCUAUGGUUUUCAAAAUGGACGAUGUCAUCGUGGAAUAAAGUGUAUAUAUGCACAUGAGUUGUUGGCAAGUGACGAUGUAGGAAAUGGUGCAGAGGAGAAAAAAGAGAGGGCUAGACAGACCGAAAGUGGGAACAAGAGAAGACGAAUGGAGGAGACUGAUGAUUACGAUGUGAUGCAAAGAAACGUGGAGAAGAAGACGUUAAGAGUGGUAGGUAAGAAGACAGAAGGUCCGGUAUUGAAGAGGUUUGAGUGGAAAGCUAAAGCACAGAUUGAGGGUUGGGGAAAAAAAGUUGAACGGGAUCAAGGCCGUGAGUUGGAAGCAGGACAACCUCAAUACCAGUCGAGACAGAUAAAGACAGAAAAGGUCGACAUGGGUGCCGCAUUUGAUGGCGUGUCCGACGACGAAACACGUUCUCGACAUGGCGGUAAGAACAAAGUGGACAAGGCAACAAUGCGUGCGAACCGCGAAAAGUUGCUUCAGGAUCGACGUGCCAAGCGCGAUGCAAAGAAGACCGCGUUGUCGCGAUUGCGGGUUAAGGGCGAAAUUGAGCUGCUUGCUUGA